AUGAACGGCAUUCUGGGCAGUAGCGGGAGUGCUGGUGACGAGGCACCACUCCUUGACGGCAUGGAUGCCCUCACGCUGCAGGCCAUCAAUGAGCAGCAACUCAUUAUCUUUCGCCAGAAGGAGCUCGUCAGCACCCUCAAGGAGCGCGUCGAGGAGCUUGAGUCCCAACUGCGGCGGGUCGACGUGAAGCCCCCGGAGGCCGCGCACAAGGCGGAUGGGCGCAAAGGCACGCUUUCCUACGUGUCUGAGAUGCAGCUGCGACGCCACGUGAAGACGCUGGAGGACGAGAACAAGAAGCUCAGCGACCUCGUCGACGAGCUGCGCGCAGAGAUGGGCACCAUCUCCGCGCAGCUGUAUGCCCAGAAACUGCACACGCAGAGCGAGAAGGAUGUGUGGAGGGCCAAGGUGAGCAACGCGGAAGCGAAGAGUGUCGCCACCGCGCAUCUUCUAGAGGCGACGGAGAAGGGCAAUGAACAACUAGUCCACCACCUCGAAAAGCUCCGUAGAGAAGGCGAGGUCAGCGCAUACGAGUGUGCGCAGUGGCGAUCACUGGCGACCACUGCGGUAAGUCAUCUCGAUCACGCAAACCGGCGCUACGCCAGAGACCAGAUCAACUCCAUCGAGGAGGAUGUGCACCGCUAUGCCGUAAACCGGCUUCGCUUGGCGCGCGCCGCCGCAUCGGCCUCUUUAUUGCUUGACAGUGAGACGCCGGAGGAGACUCGAAAAAUGUGGAGCCGCAGCGCGCAGCUACCGAAAUUGCAUCCCGCACCGCACGUCUUUCAGCAGCAGCAGGAGCCGGUGCGCUCGUCACUUGACGUGUCGCACCAACCGCCACUCUCACAGCUGCUCCCUUGUUGCCCAGGCCAGCCCGCGGCAUCGCACUCAUUGCCCCCGGCGACAUCCGAACACGCGGACGCGUCUCCGCGUCCGCCGCCGUCGCAUCUCGUCACUUUCACACAAACAUGA